AUGAAAAUUCUCCUUCUUGGGAUCUGGAUGUUUGAGGGACCCCCAGCGCCCACCCCUUUUCAAAUAGAAGGCAUGACGAGGCACCUUAUUGCAGAAUCCACCAACAUCUCGGCCGAUACAGAGGGGCGUCUGUUUGGCAACCAGGCGGGAAUGUCGCUCUUAAAAGAAAUCGAACAACUUCAUCGCCGCAUCGAUCACCUCAAAAACGAAGUUCAUCCGACUCUCUACUUAGCUCAUUCGACAACUCUUGACGACUGGUCCAACCAGCAGGACCAGGGGCGCAUUCUGAGGCAAGGUGUGGUUCAUGGCGGCAAUGUUCUUGUUGAUGUCGCAGUUAUCAGGCAGUACGGGCAUAGCCCACGGACAGUUAAAUGGACACAGGCCUUUUACCAUCGUUACGGUGUUGCGUUUCGUUUCGCGGAUCAAAUCUUAUCCGCCCCGUCUAAAUUCGUGACUGCUCUCAACUGGCGCGCGUCUGUCCAAAGCUUAUGGGUAUGGGGUGAGCAGCAAAAUCUGGCAAGGGCGUCUACGGUUAUAGAGCAAGUUGAUAAGUUAAUUGAGAUAUGGAAGGCUGGGUCAGAGGUCUUAUUUCAUCCUACAACAGAGUCACAGCGUUUGUUUGAUGCGACUGAGAUAGAGUGGCAGGCGGUGUAA